AUGGGGCCGCGCCCCGCCGCCCGCCCCGCCGCCCUGGCGCUGCUGGGUCUCGCCGCCGCCGCCGCCUCUCUGCCGCUGCCCGACGCCGGUCCGCACGUUAACUACGGCUGGGGGGAACCGAUCCGGCUCCGGCACCUCUAUACCGCCAGCAAGCACGGGCUCUUCAGCUGCUUUCUGCGGAUCGGCGGCGACGGCCGGGUGGACGCCGCCGGUAGCCAGAGCCCGCAGAGUCUGCUGGAGAUCCGCGCCGUGGCGGUGCGCACCGUGGCCAUCAAGGGCGUGCGGAGCUCCCGUUACCUCUGCAUGGACGAGGCGGGGCGGCUGCACGGGCAGCUCAGGUAUUCCACUGAGGAUUGUUCCUUUGAAGAGGAGAUUCGUCCAGAUGGCUACAAUGUAUAUAAAUCAAAAAAAUACGGAAUAUCGGUGUCUUUGAGUAGUGCCAAGCAAAGACAACAGUUCAAAGGAAAAGAUUUUCUUCCACUAUCUCACUUCUUACCUAUGAUCAACACUGUGCCCGUGGAGUCAACAGACUUUGGUGAAUACGGUGAUUACAGCCAGGCCUUUGAACCAGAGGUGUACUCCUCGCCUCUCGAAACGGACAGCAUGGACCCCUUUGGCAUCACCUCCAAACUGUCGCCGGUGAAGAGCCCGAGCUUUCAGAAAUGA